UCUCUGUCUUAUUAAUGAUUACUACAACGAUAACGAUAGAUAUAUAAAUAAAUACAUAAAUAUUCAAUAACAGUUUAUUCCUCCUGAGAAAAUUUGGGAAAUUCAUGGUUUCCGAGAUGGAAAUUUUGUUUUGCCUAUCAGUUUUCCUUGGCAUCACUUCAACUUUCGCGCAAAUGGAUGAAUCUAAAUACAACGUAGCUUUGAAGGAAUUUAGUAAAGCGCUGCAUGAUGAAUGUGUCAAGCAUCAUAAAGUGACCGACGACGAAAUUUGGAAAUUGAAAACUGGGAUUUUUGAUGAUAACAACGAUGAAAUGAAGAACUAUGUUCUCUGCCUCUGGAAAGAAUCAGGAACACUAGACUUAUCUACAUUUCGUCUGAGUAAACUUUUGGUUGAAGUCUACAUUCCUAAAGAAUUGAAUAAUGGAGAUCACGUUACCAUGUAUUUAGACUGUACGACUAGAGGAAGAGAGUUACCCACUGGUACUCCACUCAAGGAACGAACAUGGACUGUGGCCAAAUGCCUUCAACAAACAGAUCCUGAGAACUUCGUCAUGUUUUGAUAAUGAUUCAUGUCCACAAACAUCGUUGGAAAAGAAAUGGAAUAACUUCAAUUUUUCCUUGGAGGUAGUGGAAAUUCAUGUUGAGUUGGACGUCUGCUUCCAUUUAUCAUUACCAAAGAU